UCUGUGGCACACUCUGCUUUCAGCUGUCAGUCAUCCGGUCUACAAGCCCCGCCCCCUACGGAAACGCAGGAGGUCGUCUGACACGUGAUGAACUCAGUAUGGCGGAGCUGCUGGCUCAAUGAUCGUUACAGCACCGACGGGUCCUAAAACCUGCCUAAAACCCUGCCCUGUGGAUGCUCCUGCAGACUGGGAGAAAAGCAGCCAGUUGCGCCCAAGGGUGCUCAAUUCAGAGCCUGACUGGAAAGGAUCCUGCCACAACACUCCACUGAGGUCUCCACCUGUGGCUCGGUGUGAUGAAGCCUUAAGGAACAACUACUCUCUGUGCCUCCUUGGCUCGGCGCCUCCACCUGGCUGGCACCGCCACCCUGGCUGGGAAGCACAUGGUGGUCACUACAGCCUCCACGGAGGUGCACUGACACCCUCGCCGCUCACAUCUCCUCCCCUGUCAAAGUCUGCCUGGCAACAACAACCACAACAAUGAGCUCUCACAGUCGAUCAGGUGGCUUGACCAGCAACGAGCAGCCUGUGGAACUUCUCAAACCAGCUGCACUCAACCAUUUCGUGGACGUGAGCACGGCAGCACUGCCCAUGCAGGUGCCCCCCAACGCCACAGCCAUCCUUCCCAUGGACCUGCGCGUAGUGGACCACCCCCACCACCACCACCACCACCAUCACCAGCAGUCCCCCUUCGGCCUGGUUCCCCAACCCCACCCUACGCCGCCCGUCUCCACAGCUUGCCCCGCGUCCUCCGAAUCAGGCCGCGGGCCAGUCAUUAACCACCAGGAGCAGCAGCUGCAGCAGGAGCUGGUGACUCUCAAACACAAGCAGCAGCUCCAGAGACAGCUCCUGAUCGCCGAGUUCCAGAGGCAGCAUGAGCAGCUGUCGCGGCAACACGAAGUCCAGCUGCAGGAGCAUGUCAAGUCUUGUUUCUCUCUCCACCAGCACCAACAGGACUUGCUGGCGCUCAAGCACCAACAGGAGCUGUUGGAGCACCAGAGGAAGAUGGAGCACCAGCGUCACGAGCAGGAGAUGGAGAAGCAGCAGCGGGAACACAAACUCCUACAGCUCAAAAACAAGGAGCGGGGACAGGAGAGUGCCGUCGCCAGUACAGAGGUUAAGAUGCGGCUUCAGGAGUUUGUCCUGAACAAGAAGAAAGCCCUGGCUCAGCGAAACCUAAACCACUGUCUGCCCAGCGACCCGCGCUUUUGGUAUGGAAAAACCCAGCACAGCUCUUUGGACCAGAGCUCUCCUCCUCAAGCAGGAUUGUCAGCCUACACCCACCCGAUGCUGGGCACCUACGACUCAAAAGACGACUUCCCUCUCCGCAAAACAGCCUCCGAGCCCAACCUGAAGCUUCGUUCCCGGCUAAAGCAGAAGGUGACAGAGCGCCGCAGCAGCCCUCUGCUCCGAAGGAAAGACGGUCCCAUCACUACUGCCAAGAAGCGCUCCCUAGACGUGGCUGAGUCUGCAUGCAACAGUGCACCAGGCUCCGGUCCCAGCUCCCCCAACAACAGCUCCAGUAACAUCCCCAGUGAGAACGGGGUCACCAUCUCCAGCAGCCCAGGAGAGGCCUCCCUGCUUCAGAGGCUGGCUGCAAGGGAAGGUUCGGUUAGCCAGCUCUCUCUCUACACCUCCCCUUCUCUGCCCAACAUCACCCUGGGACUGCCAGCCACAGGCCCUGCUAGCGCCGUGGUGUCAGCACACCAAGAUGGCGAGAGUCGUCUGGCAUUGCCUGGGCUACAGCAGGGGAUUCCUCUGACCCCUCCGUUCCUGCCCACCGCCCACCUGCCCUCCUACUUGGCAUCUUCAGCUCUGGACAGGGAGGGGGCCGGAGGGGCCACCGCUGGUCACAACCCCCUUCUCCAACACAUGGUACUGCUGGAGCAGAGCCACAAUCCAAUGGUUGGUCUGGCCGGCCUCCCGCUACCAUCCCCCUCUGUCUCCAAACUUGCUCGUGGCCACCGUCCACUUGGAAGAACCCAGUCAGCCCCUCUGCCCCAGCAGCAAUGUGGACAGGCCCAAGCCCUGCAGCAGCUGGUGGUCCAGCAGCAACACCAGCAGUUCCUGGAGAAACACAAACAACAGUUCCAACAGCAGCAGCACAUCAUCAACAAGAUCAUGUCCAAGCCCGGUGAUCAGGUCUCGGCCGCAAGCUCCAGCGCCUCCGGGCCAGCCCGGCAGCACCAGAGUCACCCGGAGGAGACGGAAGAAGAACUCAGGGAGCACCAGGGGCUCUGCCUUUCAUCCUCGAUGUUGGAGCAGGAGUUGGGACAUCUGCGAGGGCUGGUCAUCAAGCAGGAGCCCCAGGACCCCCAAGACCAGGACAGACAAGUUGAGCAGGAAUUCCUGUUCCGACAGCAGGCUCUGCUGUUAGAGCAGCAGCGGAUCCACCAGCUGAGGAACUACCAAGCCUCCAUGGAAGCAGCCGGGUUGUCGAUCAGCUUUGCCGGACACCGCCCCCUGUCCAGGGCUCAGUCGUCUCCAGCCUCCGCCUCCUUCCCCAUGGUGGUGCAGGAGCCGCCGGCCAAGCCUCGAUUCACUACAGGUCUGGUGUAUGACUCUCUGAUGCAGAAGCACCAGUGUAUGUGUGGCAACACCACCAGUCAUCCAGAGCAUGCUGGCCGCAUCCAGAGCAUCUGGUCCCGACUACAGGAAACAGGCCUUAGGGGACACUGCGAGUGUAUCCGCGGCAGGAAGGCCUCGCUGGAGGAGUUACAGACAGUCCACUCUGAAGCCCACGUCCUGCUGUACGGAACCAACCCGCUGCGGCAGAAGCUAGACUGUUCGGUGAGCCCCAUGUUUGUGAGGUUGCCAUGCGGAGGCGUAGGGGUGGACAGCGACACCAUUUGGAAUGAGGUCCAUUCGUCCAGUGCAGCUCGCCUUGCCGUCGGCUCAGUGGUGGAGCUGGUCUUCAAAGUAGCAUCGGGAGAACUGAAGAAUGGUUUCGCUGUAGUCCGGCCACCUGGACACCACGCUGAAGAGAGCACUCCGAUGGGCUUCUGUUACUUCAACUCAGUCGCCAUAGCAGCCAAGCUGCUGCAGCAGAGGCUCAGUGUCAGUAAAAUCCUCAUCGUGGACUGGGAUGUUCACCAUGGUAACGGCACCCAGCAGGCCUUCUACGCAGACCCCAGUAUUCUCUAUCUGUCAUUGCAUCGCUACGACGAUGGGAACUUCUUCCCUGGCAGUGGAGCACCUGACGAGGUGGGCAGUGGAGCAGGAGUAGGCUUCAAUGUGAACAUGGCCUUUACUGGAGGACUGGAACCUCCCAUGGGUGAUGCAGACUACCUGGCUGCGUUUAGGACGGUGGUUAUGCCUAUUGCCAACGAGUUUGCCCCAGACGUGGUUCUGGUAUCUUCAGGCUUUGAUGCGGUAGACGGACAUGCUCCACCCCUGGGAGGAUACACACUGACAGCCAAAUGCUUCGGCUACCUGACCAGGCAGCUGAUGGCUCUGGCGGGCGGUCGGGUGGUGCUCGCCCUGGAGGGGGGUCACGACCUCACGGCCAUAUGCGAUGCCUCCGAAGCCUGCGUCUCUGCUCUGCUCGGCAAUGAGUUGGACCCCAUUCCUGACGAGGUGCUGCUGCAGAGACCGAACGCCAACGCUGUCCACUCUAUGGAGAAAGUUCUUGAAAUACAAGGUAAAUACUGGCGCUCGCUGCAGCGCUCCGCCUCCACACUCGGUUGCUCGCUGAGCGAAGCCCUUCAGCGUGACGCUGAGGAAGCUGAGACCGUCUCCGCUAUGGCCUCCCUGUCUGUCGCCAACAAGCACAUUGGAAAGAGGGCUGAAGAGGAACCGAUGGAAGAGGAAGCUACUAUGUAAAGAAACGGAGCCUUUGACCACUCGUCAUCUUUGACCGUGUCCUCAUCCAGUCAGCGUCAAUUUUAAAUGUCACUCCCGUGUCUCACCCCCUGCCACACCGAGGUGGCAUCUUAUUAUGGGAGAGAACGAGCGGAGCUGACAAAAGUGGCGCUGACAAAAGGAAACGGAACACUGAAGAUGAGCGAUGCAUUCACUGAUCAGCGGUGCACAGACUGAUCAGCAUACGUGUGUUGCAUUGUCUCUUCGAGACCUUGGAUAAAGGAGGGUUGACUCAACCAUCCCACGAUGACGACCUUGAGUGCCAGUGCUUUUUUAAAACACUAGACAAGAUGUACUUUUUGAAUGCCAGUCGGAACCAUACGUGGAUGAUCCGUCGUCGUCGUCGUCUACUUUUCUUAUUGUUCUGUUCUUUCUGUGCUUUAUUGCCAUCUUCACACUUUCAUCAAAAAACCACCAGAGCUAACGUGAUUGUGACUCUGCACUACGGAUGAAUCAUUCCUGCUCUUUUAAGAUAUCCGGAUGAAUGGAACCAAGUGGUCGAAUUUCUUGCGAGGUGGUUGAAGGUUGCAGAUGAGAAAGGUCAGCGGGUGUUCUGAUUCCAAAAUGACUGACAGUGAAAGAUGAAGUGCGUUCGUGCCUUUUUUUUUUU